AUGGUCGUAUUAUCCGACUUGCCUGACGAGACCCUCGACAGAGUUUUCGACUUCGUCACAAGUGACCGCGUAUCCCUUGAAAACGUCAGCCUCGUGAACAGGCGCUUCAACAAAAUCGUCUUUCCUCUCCUCGUACGCCAAUGGAACAACAGCCAAGAAUGUCUUGAGCCUUCCAUCGAGAGAUUUGCCCUUCAUCUUCUCCGAAGCCCUGAACUUCGGAGGCACGUUGAAAGGCUGGACUUUGGAUAUCUUCGACCCUUGCACGAUCAUGAUCCCGAUUCAGUUGACUUGAGCCCUGAGAGUCUAAUUGCUCUAGCAAACGCUGCUGAGAAGGACCUUCAAGUAUCCGAGUUUCUCUCAACUCACGUGUGCCAUCGCAUACGCCUCGGGUGCGAGGAUGCUAUCGCCGUGUUGAUCUUGGCUUGGUGUACGAGGUUGACCCAUCUCAACAUCACGAUACCAUCUUUCUAUCCUGAAUCUCGCCAACACUUUAUGCCUUUGCUUUACAUGAGAGAAGCUGUUAGUCGAUUGCUUGAUGAACCGGCUGAGAUGGCAUCGCAAUUGCCUCUGGGUCGGAUUCGUCAUGUUACCCUACAGCCCUGGAACAGGGAGACAACUUUCGACAUGGCGUAUGCUAUAUCGUUUCUGCACCUCCCUGGUAUCCAGACGCUCUGUGCCCAUGGUUUAUUCGAUGACCCGGAUGAUGGGCUGGGUAGCGAGGAAAAUGAACUUCCUCUAACACAUCUUGACGACUACGUGCUCCCUUUUCCAGUUUCGACAUCACCCAUCACAGAGUUAACCAUUGUGGGAUUUUUAGGAUUUGGAGUCGUAGAUUUCAUUACUGCAUGUAGGUCUCUCAUAAGGCUCAGUGUUCGAGCUGACUAUGGGCUGGAAAUCUACGGUUGGCCGGACCAGAAAGAGCUAGCAAAGGCUAUUUUGAAACAUAAAUGUUCUCUGGAAGACCUGGACCUCGACAUUAGUAUCCCGAGAUUCCCUAACCCAGACCCUGUUUUGGAGGAAGCCUAUUCACAAAUGUUAUGUAUCCGGACUCUUGCGGUCCAUAUCACGGACCUUUUCGAAGGUUCCUGGUCCAGCGACGAUGAGAACUGUAUCAAGAUCGUCCUCGAUCGAAUACCUCAAACUACCCAGGUUCUCAAGCCCCGUUCCCACAUGUUCAUCGAAAGUUGGGUCUGCAGUAGUAAUGACGUGUUCCUCGAGCCAUACCUGGAGGGCAUUAUAGAAUUACUCGAGAACGCUGGACCACAAGGGAAGUUCAGCGAGUUAAGAGUCCUAGAUCUCUCGGAAGCAUUUGUGGAUGACCCGAUUAUGUUUGAUAUUAAGAGGAUUAAGCAAUUGGCUACAUCCAGAGGGGUCAAGCUUUUGUUGCAUGAUUGA